AUGGUGCCGUUAAAGUCAAUUUUAAAACCAAAACAGAAGCGGUCGUCAUCCAAUACCACCAAUCCAAAUGAGAAUAUUAAAGAAGUUAGAUUUGAUAAAUUGGUUAGUACAAGAGAAUUUUCAUAUUAUAGAGUUAAUGAAUUUAAAGAUACAUUAAACAAACCGACCAAAACUGAAGAUUAUCUAUCACUACCAAUCACUACAAAGAUUAAUUACAUAGCAUCAACAACUGCUAUAUAUUCAUUAAACGAUAUUGAUAAUAGCACAUAUAACUUUAUGAACAAUCCCCCAGCUACUUGUAUAAAUUUCAUAGCUAGUAGUACUGAAAUAUAUUCAAUCAAGCCAUUUUAUAAACCUUACAAAGUAUCAAAACCAGAACAUAAUUCAACUGCAAGACAACACCUGAGAGAAAUGUUUGGUAAAGUAUCAGGACUUGAUUGUUUUUGUCAAGUAAAUCGCAAUGAUAUAAAUGCAUGUGUUUGGGUGGUAUAG